GUGCCACUUGCAGAAGAACUACAAAGGGACGAGUAAUGUGCUGCAAAGAGUGGAAAUCUAGGCAAAUAGUGUGGAAAGGCCAUCGAUAAUUAAAAUAAACAGCAGUUUUAUCACAAACUAUGAAUGAGAUCCUGAGAUAAUGAGAUUGGCCUAUUCGGAGCUAAAUUAAAGUGGUUAAACUUACCUCAGACUUUACCUCCGAUUACGAGACACUUCCGCCGGACAUUUAGAAGGUUGCAUGGUACACUGGACUUGACGCAUGGCAGUUGCAUGAUUCCAGUCUUGUGGGAUUGAAAGCACGCAGCCACCAACCAUGGCUCAAACCAUGCACGCUAACGGCAAUGACACAGAAAGAAAAGAAAGAAGUGCCAGACCAGAGGAUGAAAAGGAGUCCUUGGCCCCUUACUACCUGGAAACCCCUUACGGUUAUCAGUUAGAUCUGGACUUCCUGAAGUAUGUGGAUGAAAUUGAGCGGGGCGACACUUUAAAAAAACUGAACAUCCAGAGGAAGUCUAAAUUGUCGGUGAGUCAGGCAGGCACCGGGGGGGCGUGCACGCAGGCCAGAUGCAUGUCCACAGACUCCUUGUCCUCCUCUAACAGCGACGAGAGGGUGCAGUCUCCGGUGUUCUUCACCUUCCCGACACCGCCCGCGCCGCAACCCCCCCCCACACUAACCCCCAACCGAACUCCUGCCCCUGGCAGGGCAGCCCCGGCCUAUGAAGUCCCACCCCAGGCAUAUCUGACCGUCUCGGACCCCAAGCAGCUGCUGCUGCCUCCCUCCCCCAGAGUGAACCCGCGCCACAACCUCCAGGUGGAAAAGACCCUCAUGGAGACACGACGGCGACUGGAACAGGAGCGCGUUCUCAUGCAGCCCCCUGGGGAAUUCCACACUCCCCGCCGCAGGUUGGCCAGUUUUGGGGGGCUGGGCUCAAACAGUUCCCUUUCCUCCUUUUCUGGGUCUCUGGGCCCCAGUCAUACUUCCCUCAGCUGUCAUGCCUUUUUGCCCAAUGGCCAGCCGGUCAACGGAGAGUACAACCCUUACACCCCGUCCGUGGGAAGCUCAAUCCGUCAAAGCCCCAUGAACUCCGGCAUGACCACGCCGGUUACCAAUGUCAGUCCGCUACACCUGCAGCACAUUCGCGAGCAGAUGGUCGUGGCCUUAAAUCGGUUAAAGGAGCUGGAGGAGCAAGUCAAGACGAUCCCCGUCCUGCGGGUGAAGAUCUCGGUGUUACAGGAGGAGAAGAGGCAACUGACCGCCCAGGCCAAGAACCCGGGCCUCGCCGGGGGUUUCCGCAAGCGCUCCUACAGCGUGGGGAGCGCCGACCAGCUGGAAGCCUCGGCCCUCAUCACAAAGGAACCGGAGCUGUGCAUCGUGGAACCUGAGAUCGUGGAGCAAAACCCUCUGAUGCUGAAGGAGUUCCGCUUCCUGGCUGCUGAGGUCCAGGCUCUGGAGAAGAAGACUCAGGACAACAGCGUGCCUGGGCGAGGGACGGAAGAUGCCACCAUCACCCAGACUCGGGAUAGCCGGCCAUCCCUUGCCGUAGACGCUGACGAAAACAUGAAUAACGUCAUAGUCCCUCAAAGGAAAUUGCCUUCACCCAUGAAAUGUUCGUCCCGGGACGUUGGUGUGGCAACCGAGCGCCAGGAAAGUCAGAAUGCGGGGGUUGGAGUUACCGAGGCCAUGCUGGGUAUGACAAAUGAGGCGGAGGCAGAGAUCGAGCUACAGCACCAGACCAUCGAGGGCCUGAAGGACAAGAUCUACCUCCUGGAGGUGCAGCUGAAGGAGACGACACACCAGAUGGAAAUGGGAAAGCUCAAACUGGAGCUCCAGGCUGCCGGUGGCACCAACAGGAAGAAGGCAGAUAAAGGUUGCAUGGCCAGACCCGAAACCUACAGCACGGCUGUGGAGGCGAAGAUUCAAACUCACUCCCAAGGUGUGGGCAACCACGUGGAACUCAUCCACUCCAGCACAAACACAGUAGGAGUAUCUUGCCAACCCGAUAUGUGUAGCACUGCCGUGGGUCCAGACAUCCCAAUGGAGAGAUGGGUGGUGCAUGAAAGAGCAGAGCUCCAAGACCAGUGUGUGGGCAGGCAGGUGGAGACCUGCCACAAGGGAGUCGGGCCGGAGAUGAGCAAGGUUGAAGGGAACACUGACCUUUCGGUGGGCGGCUUCGAACUCCAUGAAGCCAAUGUGACGAAGGAGUCGAGGUCAAUCGGCUGUGGAGAGUGUUCUGUCGAUGUCACCGUCAGCCCCAUCAAAGAGCUGUUGUCUCGCGGAACCGGUCCAGACCGAGUGAGCAGUGUAGAUCUGGGUGUCAUGGUCACCCCCGAAACAACGUCUCAACACACAAGCACAGAUGUAGAAGUCGUAAGUCAGUCCACCAACACUGUACCUGCACUCCUCGCAGACUCCUUUACCAACACAGUAUUGCACACUUGUGAGAAACACACGAGCACUGCCCUGGCCGAGACCAGAACUGUUGCCGUCGGGGAAGGGCUUGUGAUAGACCCGCCGAACAUACCAAAGACCCAUUCUGUUUCCGUGGGAACCACUGCCGAGUUGGAGCCUACCCUCCCACCGUCAUCCACUGCCACGACUAAAGACCAGGGGGUGGGGCCACUCAGUGUUCACCAGAACUUUCUGGUUGGAUUAAAAACCAGGAGCAUAGCCUGUGGCCCAUCUCAUCCAGAAGAAACCAGUCAGAGGGGCGACAGCGGUCAUGCUGGGCCCCUGCAGGUCCAGGCAGAGAGCAGUGGUGGACUGGACCACUACAUUGAGAGGGUGCAGAAGCUAUUGCAGGAGCAGCAGAUGUUGCUGGCUGAGAACUACACCGAGCUGGCAGAUGCCUUUGGCCAGCCCCACUCCCAGUUUGGGUCCAUCAACAGCCAGCUGGUCAACACCCUCACCUCCAUCAACUCGGUCAUGAAGUGCGGCAGCGUCGAGGAGCUUCGUAGUGGUGUGGAUAUCCUGCAAGUGCAGUCAGAAUCCACAGCUACCAACAAAGGUAAGGCAAAAGACGGAGGUCAGACGAUCUCUGAAGUCUGCUCCCAGUCUGCCACCGUGUCUUUUGUGGCGAGCGACCCCAAGCCCCCUGCGCAACAGCCCUGCACAGCUGAGCAGAAGAGCCGCAUGGACCUGCAACUGUCCACCGCCCUGCACGGGCAGCCAUUCAGUCAGAACACCCUGAAAUCCAUAAUGAAAAAGAAAGAUGGCCGCCAGGGUUCCAACAGCACCAAAAAGAACCUACAGUUUGUUGGCGUCAAUGGAGGGUAUGAAACGACAUCGAGUGACGAUUCCAGUUCGGAUGAAAGUAGCUCUUCUGGAUCAGAGGAGGAAGAGGAUGAAGAGGAAGAGAAGGAGAAGGUGUCAGGAGGAGAGGAGGGCUUUGGAAACAUGGAGGGAAAUAUAAACGAGGUGUUAGUGGAAGUGGAAAGGAGGGAAGAGGAUGGGCGUUCUGAGAAGCCUGAAGUGAGAGAGAGGUUUGAACUGAGUGAAAAGAUGUUGGCUGCGUGCGCCAUGCUGAAAACACACCUGGACGAUCCCAAGGCUACGACCAGUAAAGAUAUAAGAGCUUGUCUCAACACGGUGCAAAACGAGUGGUUCCGCGUGUCCAGCCAGAAGCUGGCCCUUCCUGCCAUGGUGCAGGACUACCUGGAGGCGUUCGCCGUGCUCUCCCCCACCGUGCUGCGCCACGUGGUCAACAUGGCGGACGGCAACGGCAACACGGCGCUGCACUACAGCGUCUCCCACUCCAACUUCGACAUCGUCAAGAAGCUGCUGUGCGCAGGCGUGUGUGACGUGAACCACCAGAACAAGGCGGGCUACACCCCCAUCAUGCUGGCGGCGCUGGCGGCCGUGGAGUCGCCCAAGGACAUGCGCAUCGUGGAGGAGCUCCUCAGCAACGGGGACGUCAACGCCCGCGCCAGCCAGGCGGGCCAGACCGGGCUGAUGCUGGCAGUCAGCCACGGCCGGAUGGACAUGGUGCUGGCCCUGCUGGCUCAGGGCGCGGAGGUCAACAUCCAGGACGACGAGGGCUCCACGGCGCUGAUGUGCGCCAGCGAGCACGGCCACGCCGAGAUUGUCAAACUGCUGCUGGCCCAGCCCGGCUGCGACGCCACCCUCAGAGACAGCGACGAGAGUGAUGCCCUGUCCAUUGCUCUGGAAGCAGGACACAAGGAUAUCGCAAUGCUGCUGUACGCUCAUGUCAACUUCUCCAAAGCCCAAUCACCGGGUACCCCUCGUCUGAACAGAAAGACUUCCCCGAGUCCUACCAGGCGGGGCAUGUUUGAUUAAGAGCACUUCCUCCUUCCACAGUCCCAGCUCUGCGGGUGGAACUGUGUUGGUGGUUGUGUAAGGACAAUAUACCCACAACCCCUGUGUACUAAAGUUGUACAAUCCUCAAACAACCAACCAACUAACUAAUCAGCCAUUUUGGGAAUCAUGCAUGUCGAAUUUUUAGAAUGAAAGCCUGUCAUUUACAAUUGCUCUACACUAUGGUGUUGAAUAUUAUUCUUUAUCUACCGUUUUUCAACUAAGUGCAGAUUAGGGAUUUCUCAAAGGAUGAGAGAAGUUAAUGUUUCAAUUCUUGAGUAUUCUUAAGUGCACAUAUAAUGUUUACCUCAUUAAUUGGUUUGGUAUCAUGUACUUUGUAUACUACAAGCUUGAUUGACAACACCAAUGUUUAAUUGCAUAUUGUUAUCUAGAUUGGAUUAUGAAAUCUACUUUUAUACAAAUCUUUAGAAUAUAUUUAAAAAUAUCAUUAUUUUGAAUAUAUCCUUCUUAAUAAUACAUGAGGUUAUAUAUUUAUCAAUGAAUAGUUUUCUGUGCAAAUAUAAGUGUAUUUUAUUGUACUGUCUUUAAAUAAUUAGAGAUGGAAGAUUUCCUGCUUUCUGUCGGUUGGUGUAUUAGUGUUCUCUGCUACUGUACAACACUACAUUCAUCUUUAAUUUAAAUGACAUGACCUAUGUGCCUAACGUGCCUUGCUAUAAUAAUAAACUUAUAUAUUAAGUUUAUCAAA